AUGGCUGGUCUCCCUUUUUGCUCCUACUCGGAUGCUGUUGAAUGCCCCUAUGAAGGGUACUAUGCCGCCUCCAAUUACCCCCCUUCGGAUCCUUCUCCUAGCCCUGACGAUACCGCGCUGCCUAAGGGCGUGAACGACCCCAACUACUUUGACUUCGACGGCGAACUUGCAAAGUUUCAGCAGCAUAACGCCCAUGCCGAGGAGAAUAACACGGAGCUUGACACUCAUGCCAACCCAGUUAUCGCGGACUCCAAGCCCGGAGAAUGGGAGGUGACCCCCAACACUUCCCGCAGCGGAUCUGUCAAGGAGCGGGCCGCAGAGAUCGGCAAAGUUAUUGAUUCUAUGGGAGGAAAUCCUUGGGUCAAUCCAUGGACAGGAUCGUCCUUUGAGCUUGACGAAGAUGCGCCUGAUAUUGUGACUGCUCUUUCGGCUUCUAUCUCUGACGAUGAAGACGAUGUGCCUCCUCAGGAAUCUACAUCCAAUGUUGUGCUCACUAUGCCUCUGCCCGCCUCGAAGAAGAAGGCCACUGCCUUAGAGCAGGUUGGCAGUACCUCGAAGAAACCCAACCCUGCAAAGAACUCUGUUACCGAGCCCCAGAAGACCCACAAGCACAUAGCUUACCAGGAUGUUCCUCAGUCUACUUCGCAGGCUCUUCCUCAGACAAUUCACCGGUCUCCUCAGGUUGUCCACCAGUCUGUUCCUCAGACUAACUUGCAGACGCCCCAGGCCAUUCAGCAGUCUCCUACUCAGGGCAUGCAUCGCCUUCUCCCCCAGGCUGCUACUCAGGUACUCCCUCAAGCCAUUCAGCAUGCUCGUUUCCAAGGCGUCCCCCAGCCCCUUGCUCAAGGAGUUCAACAGUCUCCCCAGGUUAUCCACAAGCUUCUUCCCCAUACUGAUAUGCAGGCCCACUCCCAGGUUACUCAGCAUGCUUUCCAAGGUGCCUGCCGGUCUCCUCCUCAGGCCUUCCAGCUGUCUCCUACCCAGGGCAUGCAUCACAUUAUCCCUCAGGCUGCGUUGCAGACUCAGGCUCGGUUAAUCCACCAGCCUGUUCCCAUCAAUAUCCCCCGGGGCUUCCCCCAGGGCCUCAUGCAAGCCGACCAGCAGUACAUGUUGCCGUUCACCUCUGUCACCCCGCAGAAGCUGGUGCACAAGCCCGGUCCAAUGAGAACUUCUCGUCCUGCCAAACGCCAUGCCCGGGGCCCAUACACCAACUACAGCCCACCCAGUACCCAGCUGGAGAGCGCUCGAGGCCAAAUCGCUCAGUUGAUUGCCGACAAGAAGCGUAUGGAACAGAAGCUGGACAAACUCAAUCCGACUAAUCCCAAUACUGGCAAGACUUACGUCGAGACCCUGCAGUCCAAGAAUGCAGUCCUUAACUUUGAGGCUUCGAUGCUGGCACAGAACAUUGCAAUUCGCAAGUCCCAGGUGCAGAGCUCCGAGGAGAAAUAUGAAGAACUUGUUGAGAAGUACAAUGCCCUUGCUUCGCUGUCCCGUGCUUUCCAGAACGAGGUAGAAUUGUGGCAGCGACGAUACUACGAGCUUUCGGCUGCGCUGUACCAGCCUAUGCUGCAGGACACCGAGAUGAGCAGUGACUAG